CACAAACAAGUAACGUUUUGAAGAUGGAGGAUGGCCAACAAAGUACUCCAAACUCCGGCCAGACCAAACCCGAGACGUCAUUAUCAUCGGACUUCGAGUUUGGAUCAUUGACUCCCUCAUCUCCAUCGCAAGACCCCUUCUCGGAAAAUUCUCCCGCCGAUCAUCUUUUUCUCAACGGCCGUCUAUUACCGCACUCAUUUCCGACGAGCACGACUACACGUUCGGUGUCACGUACCACCAGCGAAAACACAUUUCGGAGCAAUAGUUCGAGUAGCCGAAGCAGUUAUAGUAGCAGCCCGACAUCUUACACUCCAAGAACAAGCACUUGUAAUAUCUUCAAGAUCACAAGUUCUAGUACCGGACAUGGGAAAGAGACUAAUGUAACAUGUUUUGGUACUCGGUCCGAAGAGAUUAUGUGUCUAAGGCCCGCAACUUCUUUGAAGAAAACAAAUACUUGCAGUAGCAAAGAAUACUAUCACAAGCCAUCGUUAAUAUUGGAUCUAAAGAAGAGACCACCGAUGAAAAAUGGUAAAGCCGUAAUUACUUCAACGACAAAUAAGGUUUCGUAUUUGCCGCAAUGCAAGAGGAAGAAGGCAACGGAGAUUGUGACGGCGCAGCUUUACGGGUCGUAUUCACGGCGGUGGCAGCAUAUAACUCCGGUGUUUAAAAGAGAAGGAUCGGUGAAAAGUAAAGGAGGAGGGAUUAAGGUCGGUGGACGGAAGAAGAAGACGACGACGAGGAAGAAGCCAAAGAAGACGGAGGAGAGAAGAGGAAUGAGUAAGUUGAUGAAGUGGUGGAAGAGGAUUUUAAAGGCGGUGGUGUUUGCUUGCAGGGAGUGUCAUGCAAUGGAGCCUCAGAUACUUGUAAAUGAUGAUGCUGAUGUGAAAAAGAAAGAUAACUAAAUGUCCAUAAUCAAAAUUUCAAUGUUUU